AUGGGCGUCGAUUACUAUAACACCCUGAAGAUCUCGCGAGACGCGUCGGAGGAGGACGUCAAGAGAUCCUACAAGAGGCUGGCGAUGAAAUGGCACCCCGACAAGAACGCGGUGAACAAGGAGGAGGCGGAAGCCAAGUUCAAGCAGAUAAGCGAGGCGUACGACGUGCUGGGCGACCCCAGGAAGAGGCGGAUCUACGAUUUGCACGGGGAUGAAGGGGUGAAGGCCGGCCUGUUCUCGAGGGAGAGGGAUUCUGCGGCUGGGUUGAGGGAUUUCGGGUUUGGGUUUGCCCCGAGGACGGCGGAGGAGGUAUUUGAGGAGUUUUUUGGUGGGUUCGAUUUCGUGAAGGAGCAGAGGAAUGGCGGUGACGCUGGGCCGAAGAAGGCGGCUCCGAUGGAGAGUCAGCUGCCGUGUAGCUUGGAGGAGCUGUACAAGGGGUCCAAGAGGAAGAUGAAGAUAUCGAGGAUUGUGCUCGAUGAAUCCGGUAAGCCUGGCACAGUUGAAGAGGUCUUGUCCAUACACAUAAAACCCGGCUGGAAAAAAGGUACAAAGAUUACUUUCCCUGAGAAAGGGAACCACGAAGCCGAUGCUGCCCCAGGAGACCUCAUUUUUGUCAUUGACGAAAAACCCCAUCCCGUUUUCAAGAGGGAUGGCAAUGACCUGAUUGUCUAUCAGAAAAUCUCGUUAUUGGAUGCUCUCACCGGAAAGAUUCUCAACAUAACCACCUUGGAUGGUAGAGACAUACCUCUUACAUUAUCGGAUGUCGUCAAACCCGGCCAGGAAUUGGUGAUUGAAAAUGAGGGGAUGCCGAUUUCAAAAGACCCCGGUAACAAUGGGAACUUGAGGAUCAAGUUUGAUGUCAAGUUUCCAUCGAGACUUAGUGCAGAACAAAAGUUGGAAUUGAGGCGGGUAUUGGGCAGGGCAGCAGCUGAGUAA